UGUUUCUUCUGCAAUUCUGAGUAGCAUGGGGACGAAGUUGAAUUACGGUGCCCAGAACAAGCAUGAGAUGCUGAAAAACACAAAGGGAGAAAACGUCAUGGUCAGUGACACUUCCUCCCUUGGAAAUGGUUUCAAAAAACAAAUGUCCAUGGAGUCAUUGCAAAAAGAAAUGGGACCCUGCAAAGACUUUCAGGUAAAGGAAGGUAUUUCACAAUCAGCAGGUGUGUCUGAUGCACUAAUGGAAGACUUACAGAAUAUAUUACAAAGGAAAUUGAAAAUGGGACAGGUUUACUGCAAGCAGGAAAGUGAACCCCUAAGUUACUCUGAUACUAGAACUUUAAUGCAAAAUUUACUUAAAAUGGUUAGAAGCACUCAGCUUGAGAGUGAAAUGUCUAGUGGGUCAAAUCUGAAGCAAAUAAGCAAUGCUGUUAGAACUGCAUUAAUGGUCACCACGCUGAGUGCAGAGCCCAAGGACAGUGAUGCUCCUUCACUGCUUUGGCCUGAUUGCAGAAGUCCUGAUCUUCUUCAUGAUAUUCUGAAGCAUGAAUCCUGCAAGCAAAACACAGCUGAUUCAGAUGAAAGGAAGAGUAAAACAGACAUGAAAGCUCCUGUUCCCAAGCUUACUACCAAUGAACUGCUGGAAAUUUUUCGAAUCUCACUUGGAGAUGAAAGUACAAGCAAGUUGGAGGAGCUGAUAAAUGGUUUACUUAGGAGCUCACAGGUUGCUGGUGCUGCCACAGAGCAUGAGGGUAAAGGCAAAGGAGAUGGGCUUUAUUCUCUUUCCUCAACAGAACAAUCAGAUCUUGGAGCAGAAAUUGAUGAAGAGAAAACAUUGGCAGAUAACAGAACCACUACUUGGAAAAGCGAUCAGGAGCAUGGGAAGACAGAAAGCCUGUCAAAAGGCUUUACUGAGCCUGUUUUGAAAACAGAAGAAGCACUCAUGGGAGACACCCCCACUAGCAUGUUUGAUGGAGUACAGCAAUGUUUAAAGUUAACAGAGAAAAUGCAAGAACAUUUGGCAGUGCUUCAAGAUAUGAAAAACCACCUAGAUAAACAGCAGCCUAUUAGUAACAGCCUGGAAAUACUAAAAGCUGAACUGGAACAGCUAGAGUCAUUUGAAUCAGGACUGGCUACCUUUCCAGUUAUCCUAAAAAAGGACAUGAAGAUGGCAGAAGAACUCUUAAAGUCUUGUAACAGGGAUGUUCCAGGAGAGAAGCUUAAAGAGCUAAAUAGAAGCUAUGACUCUUUGCAGGAAGCAUUUUUGGAGGUCUGUGAUAGAUCUUCAAAACGAGCAAAACAAAUAGUCUGUGCUGUUGACUUGGAAAUGUCUAAGCUUGCAGGAUUACACCAGCAACUUUUAAACCAACUGCAGAGAUUUUCAGACUGGAUCACAGACAAAAAUAAAAUCAUGAAUGACUUCACAGUGAAUACUAAUGAUAUAGAAGAGAUGAAGAAAAGUUUACAGCUACUUAAAGUAAGUUCUCUUUAUGGCAGAUGUUGAUGUUUCAAUAUUUCU